CGCGAAUCCGAACUUACUACUUGUUAUCGGAUGAUGUCAAGAAAAGACUGCUCAGUGUUUCUCCGGGUGUGGGUAUGGCCGGCGCAGGGCCUGUUAGCAAUGUUCUGUUUGUCGAUCCAGCGAACGUUAGCGGACUCGUUGGCACAACUUGGCAGCUAUCUCUUGGUCUUGAUGGCGUUCAGGCUUUAUUAUGCUGAGGACUAUACGAGUGGCAUAACCGCUGACAGGAGUGUGUACUGUGGGAUAUCGGAUCCAUGGAUGAACUCAUCUGCCUGCUCUGAAUGAACGCGUUCAUCGAACAGGCACCCAGGCCGCCGCCCUACACAACUUAUUUUGCCUGCUUGUUCGACAACGCAAAAUAUCAAGGAGCGUUCUCUUCAGUCUCCAAAUCCACUUUGGCUACACAUGGCACACGUCACACACCUGCCAAACGAGCUACUUUGCUCAAUCGCUGAUAGACACCUUCUCUUACCCAACGACUGCUUUAGUUUCGCCAUAACAUGCAAGCGGAUACACACAGGCCUGGAAAUAUCCCUACGACGUCAUGGCGAGCUUUGGAUUCAACACAAAUCCCUUGUAAUUCCUAAUUACCAUGUAGAUGACACAGCGGACGCUCUUUCUGGCUUCUUGUCUGAUCCGUACAAGAUGAACUAUCUCACAAGUCUAACCAUCAAUAGUUUUUCAUUGGAUCAGCCGACAGUCUUGACUAGACUGUUCGGCGAUUUCAAGGAGUCACUAUUGGCCAAAUCCCUAGAAUAUGGGCUUACUUCAACCGCUUACAUUGACAAGGCGGGAGGCACCGAUCUACUCGCGAAACAAGUGGAAAACAUCCUCUUCGCUAGUGGAGAGUGGCCUGCGUGCUACUCAGAGCUAUGCUGAGUGUUUUACUAUACUUGUCACCAGAGUUGAGGCAGCUCACAGUCCGAGCAGGGAAUGAGGCACAUUACGAUUCAAAUGAAACCUGGUAUGAUACAUGGUACAUGUUCUGCCUUGCCCACCGUUAUAUACCCUCGUCUAAAGCCUUGGCUAAGCUCAAGCAUGUUUCUUUUCCACCGGAUCCAGUGUAUCCUGAUGGACCAC